GCACACCGCGUUCGACGACCCUUCCUUGCAUCGAGCCCGUGCCAAAGCUCGUAGCCACAGCGACUAAAGACAGAUCCACAUGCUUGCACGGCACGCGGCGGAGACGCCGGGCCCGCGCAGGCAUCCCUGCGCCCACGCGCACGUGCACGCGGCCUCGGCCCCGCCCCCUGGCGACGCGGGGCGUCCCUAACGACCGGCCGGCCGCGCGGGACCUGCGGGAAGGCGAGCGCCCCUGCACUGGGAGCGGGUGAGGCGACUCGGCGAGAGAGGACACUCAACCCCGGGCUCCCCAGGCCUGGACUCGCCCUGCCUCCACUGCCGCCCGCGGGGCGUGGAAGCCCCUCCAGCGCCCUCGGCCCACCGGCCAGAAGCCCGUAGGGGGCCACGUCCUGGGCGCCCACGUUUCUUGCGGCGGGGAAGGGCCGGUCUGUACCUCCAGGAGGCCCCCCACCCACCCAUCUGAAGAGGGACCCGUGCCUCCUCCCCUGCCACCGUCGCUGUCUGAGAACUGGCCCAGAGGCUUAGGGGCUGCGAAUAAGGGGAGGGGGACGGUAAGAGGUAGGAAGGGGAAGGUCGUGGAGGAGAGCAGUCUGCACAGACAGGCUGACCCCCAUCCCCAGCUCCUCCGGCUGCAAUUCCUGCUGCGGGUCCGGAAGCUCCGCACCUCCCUCCUUCCCUCCCACGGCGUGCUGGUUUCCCUUGGUAACCAAGGAGCAGGAGGGCCUCCUCACCCCAGGCGGCUUGGCGGACGCACUCACUGGCCUUUGGAGCUGAGCUUCCCUGCUGGAGUGUCUGAGCCAAGGCUUCCAGGGAAGAUAGUGCCACCUACCACCAUCCUCAGCUGCGGACUGGUGAUGCCCAGGCCAGACUGAAGCCACCCUGUGAAGUUCCCACUAGCAUCAAGGACCUGCCAGUCUGAGAAACUGUCUGUCACAAGGCCAUCACCAAGUGGCCACCUGCCCCUAUUUUGCCAGUCCCCAGCAUGCAGGAAACCGUAACACCACCAUCAUUGUCGGUCCCCAGCCGCUCCUCCACCUCCACCCAGGACCGGUCCUCCACUGCAGGCCAAGCUUCGAGCACAGCCCAGCAGCCCUCAAAGCCCACAGUCAAUCCAACCCCCGUGAAGUCCAAGGGCCCGAAUUCUGGGGCCAAUGUACGUCGGAUGCGCAGGAUCAUCGCUGAGGAUGCAGAGUGGUCCCUGGCCAUUGUGCCCCUCCUCAGAGAGCUCUGCAUUCAGCACAUCGUCAAGAACUUCCAGAACAACCCUAUCCUGAAGCAGCUGCUCCCAGAGCACCAGCAGAAGGUCCUGAACCACCUGUCCCCUGACCUGCCGCUGGCUGUGACUGCCAACCUGAUCAAUGAUGAGAGCUACUGGCGCCGCUGCUGCAUGCAGCGCUGGCCUGUGUGCUAUGUGGCCAAGCAUGGCGGCAGCUGGAAGCGCAUGUUCUUUGAGCGGCACCUGGAGAACCUGCUAAAGCACUUCAUCCCAAACACCACGGACCCCGCGGUGAUCCUCGACCUGCUGCCGCUCUGCAGGAAGUAUGUGCGCAGGAUCCAAGUGGAUCAGUUCCUUCCGCCCGUGCAGCUGCCACCGCCACCGUGGAGUGGGGAACAGUCUGACUCGGGCAGCGAGGGAGAGAUGGAGGAGCCCGCCAUGGACCACUACCAACUGGGUGACCUGGUGGCUGGCCUGAGCCAUCUGGAGGAGCUGGACCUGGUGUACGGUGUCAAGGACUGUGGCAUGAACUUCGAGUGGAACCUCUUCCUCUUCACCUACCGGGACUGCCACUCCCUGGCGGCCACCAUCAAGGCAUGCCACACUCUCAAGAUCUUCAGGCUGACCCGAAGCAAGGUGGACGAUGACAAGGCACGCAUCCUAAUUCACAGCCUCCUGGACCAUCCAACCUUAGAGGAGCUGGACCUGUCACACAACCUCAUUGGGGACCGUGGUGGGCGUGCUGCCGCCAAGCUGCUGAGCCACAGCCGCCUGCGUGUGCUCAACCUGGCCAACAACCAGGUGCGUGCAGCUGGUGCCCAGUCACUGGCUCACGCCUUGGCACACAAUACCAACCUCCUUUCCCUCAACCUGCGCCUCAACUGCAUUGAGGAUGAGGGCGGCCAGGCACUUGCCCACGCCUUGCAGACCAACAAGUGCCUCACCACGCUGCACCUCGGUGGCAAUGAGCUGUCUGAGCCCACUGCGACACUCCUCUCCCAGGUGCUCUCCAUCAACACCACGCUCACCAGCAUCAACCUGAGCUGCAACCACAUCGGGCAGGACGGCGGGAAGCAGCUCCUGGAAGGCAUGUCAGACAACAAAACCCUCCUGGGGUUUGACUUGCGCCUGUCAGAUGUAUCCCAGGAGAGCGAGUACCUCAUUGGCCAAGCCCUUUCUGCCAAUCGUGAAGCAGCCCGCCAACGGGCCUUGAAUCCCAGCCACUUCAUGUCGCCAAUCACUGCCAAGGGCCCUGAGAACCCUGUGGGAUAAGAUGGGGGACAGGGUUGGGGCAGUGCCCCAUCCCUCACUUCAUGCCCCUGCCAUGCCUGCUGCAGACUGUCACACUGGUCCAGAGGGAGGGAGAUAGGGAGACCAGGAAUAUGCUGGGGCCCAGCCCACCCCACAAGCCCUUGUCCACAAGACACAUGGAGCCCUCCAGAUACCUUCUAUGAGUCCCCGUCACUCUGCAGCUGCCCACCC